AUGGCAAUAUGUAAGAAUAGAUUAUGGUUGCUUAUUAUAUCCUUAUUCACAAUAUGGUCACUUUUGAUUUGCCUAAAUUAUUCGUCUUUGAUCGAUAGUGUAGCUUCUUUAGCAAAAUUUUACGUAUAUUCUGUAAAUUACCAACAUGAGAUUCCAAUUAUUCCUAACCGUAGAUAUACCGAAAGUAUUAGUUCCACCUUAGAUGAAAGUAAUGCCAACAACAAUACUAGCAUUAGGGAAGAAACAGAGCAAACAGAAGAAAAAACAGGGGAAAUACAAGAAGAAACAGAGGAAAAAACAGGGGAAAUACAAGAAGAAACAGAGGCAAAAACAGAGGAAACAGGGGAUGAUGAGAUUGAUAAGCUUUUAGAUGUGAAUAUAAAGGAUAUUGUUGAAGACAGUGAUCAUAAGUCAUCUAUUAAAGUUAUCGAGAAGAGCGAACAAGAUGAAAUCAUCAAGGAAACGGCAGUAGCUAAGGAAACAAUGAUGGAGAAACAACAACAAUUUCCAACUCUUAAGAAGAAGAGAAGGAAAGGGAGACCUAAAAGGCGGAAAACUCCUAAGAAUUUGUCUAAUAUACAAGUAGUGAAUACAAAUUACAAUCAAGAAUCAUCAUGGAACAACAAUGUAGGUGAAGAGAAAUCCGAUGUCUCGCCUCCUCCUCCUCCACCACCAUCACCAUCACCACCACCACCAUCUCCACCGCCUCCAUCCCCACCUCCACCACCACCCCGGACUUACUAA